AUGUACAAGAUGCUACUCUUGUCUUGCAUUGCACUAACUCUUGCACUCCUCACAAGCAGUGCACCCACUUCAAGCUCUACACAGGAGACACAGGACCAGCUGGAACAACUACUGCUAGACUUACAGAAGCUUCUGAAUGGAGUCACUAAGAAUCCCAAACGCCCCAAGAUGCUAAAAGUAAAACUCUAUCCACCUAAGACGGUCUCAGAGCUGAAACAUCUUCAGUGCCUGGAAGAAGAACUCAAACCCCUGGAGGAAGUGCUAAAUUUAGCUGAACGCAAAAGCUUACCCUGGGUAGAUACAAAGGUGUUCGUCAGUAACAUCAAUAUAACAGUUCUGAACCUAAAGGAAUCUGAACCAGCAUUUGUGUGUGAAGAAGAUGAUGAAGGAGUAGACAUUAUUGAAUUUUUGAAGAGAUGGAUUACCUUUUGCCAGAAAAUCAGUUCAAGACUGACUUGA